AUGGAGCACUCCCUCCGGUGCCUGGCGCUGUGCCUCCUCGCCCGCACGGCGGCCCCGUUCGGGGAGCCCCGGGGCCCGGGGCACGCCUCCGAGCCGCACGCCGCGCCCGGGUCGCUACCCCCCGCCGGGGCGGUGGCCGCUCUCCUGGGCCGCCGCGGUCUACGACUGCACGCGGGCGCUCCCCUUGCCGGCACGACUGAGCCUCCGCUGCCGGAUCUUCCCGGCCACGUUGACGUGGACAUUCCCGAUGAGCAUGAUCUCGAUCCCGACGACGUGAAGAAGGCGAUCUUGGAGGGCGACGCCUCGAUCGUGGAUGGCGUGAAGCAGAGGUUCAGGGAGUGCAUCGACGACUUCCGCAGGCUCCCAUCUGGCAUGAGGCACAUGUUCAUCUCAAACCUGCACCUUAUCGAGCGGCUGAUGCCAGGGAUGGAGGCGCGAACGAGCAGCACGUUGACCCUGCCCGUCAUUGUGGUCAGUGGCAUCUUGUGGGGUACUGUAUACUUCAUGUUCUUCUAUACGCACGACCACGAGGAGCAUCAUCACUUUGGGGACGACCACUCGCGGCCGAAGACGGAGACGGCGACGGUGGCGCAGAUCCUCACCCCUCGAGCUUGGCGGCGGCAAAUCGAGGCCACCACCACGUCCACGUCGAGCGUCACAUGGGAAGACGCGGCCCAUGCGCAGAAGCUAGAUGCCAGUCAGGAGUCGACAAACAAGUUCCAUAUGCAUGCCGACGUCGUUUUCGUGUUUCCCCAUCCGAGCUACGAGCUGCAGCACGACAGGGACAAGCUCGUCACGCGCGAAAUGCUGCAGGGUGCCUUGGCUCACCGGCCGGACCAGGGCUUCUUCCAAGGGAUCGAGACCGUCAUCAGAGACCACGAUCUCAAGGUGUCGCGCGCCACGGCCGCGGAGAAGGCCCUGCGUCGCAUCAGGAGCACGGUCGGCGAGGCCUUGGACAUAACUAUGGGGGAGCUGAGGAUCCUUGUCCUGAAGGACAUGUGUAGGUCAUUGCCGCUCCUUGGUUUCUCCGUGAACCUGUUCAGUUCUAUCGAUGGCGACGAGUUGUUUCUUUGCAUCAGCCUCAACCGGCCGGAGGUCGUCUCACAUUACCUCCAGCGGGGGAACGUUGAGCUCCAGACGACGCACGCGGUGGUAGAACGACUUAAGAUCCUUCAGGACCCACGGGAUCCACAAUCGUCGCCUCCGUUCUUGCGCUACGAUCAAAGGCUCGUCAAGUCGCUGUUCAAGGCCAACGCAAUCGACGAGCCUGAUGAGCGGGCACUGUACCGGCUAUACCGCGACAGUGGCGUCGAAGGCUCGGUCAUGAGCGGCUCGGCGCGCAUCCGUGUUAUCCAGCUCGAACUCACACGAUUCCUCAACCUCGAAGCUGUCAAGGACGUCGGCAUCGUCACAGAUUGGUACCCGUGCCACAGCGAGCUGUGGCUGAACAGGCUGCGGGACACCUGGGCGCCGCUGGAGGUGGUGACGGACCUGAGCUUUGUGCAGCCCAUUCCGCUCGUGGGGGAGUACUACGGCUCGCAGCUGGCGUUCGGCUUCGUGUGGCAGGGCGUGUGGUCCAAGGUUCAGCCCUGGUCCAAGGGCCUGGUAUGCCUCAGCGUGGCAGCGAUCCUGAUCACCGUCUUGAAGUUCGUUCCGGUCCGCCUCGCCGUGCAACUGCUCGGGGUCGACGUCGGUGUACGGCUUGGGGAUCGCACGGUCGUCCCAGAGAGGCAGCUCAUGCCGUUCUCCAUCCUCAUACUUGCCUGGGCGAGGGUCAUGGCGAACCUGUGGAGGCGAGACGAAGAGUAUUUCAAGACGCUGUGGAACGAGCAAGAUGCCAUCGACCAAAUCAUUCGCCCGAGCUUCAAGGGCGUUUUCAUGAAGUCGGAUGUCGACGGGAACCUUAUGGAAGAGAAUGCGCCUUUUAAAACGGCAGUCGGCCUGCGAGUCUUGUCAGUCUGCAUCACUCUCGUCUGCUGUGCCGCGGUGAUGCUAAUAUCAGGGACCUGGGUCCACAUCCAUCGGGGAGACCUCGAUCUGGUUGCGUCUCUGUGGCUCAGUAUCAUCGUGAAGAUUUCCGAGCUGCUGUACAAUGCGCUUUCUGCCAGGCUCGUCGAGAUGGAGAAUCACAAGUAUGACCAGGAUUACCAUGACAGCUGGGUGUGGGGUCAGUUUCUGUUCCAGGCCGUGAACAAUUAUUGGCCCUGCGUAUCCGUGGCUUUCAGCCAGCUGGUGUCUGGGCAUUGCCCUGAGGCUGGUUGCUUCCUGGCCCUGCAGAGGCAGGUGAGCAUGCUGGUGGGUAUCCUUCUGGCCUGCAGCAUCGGCCUCAGCGUGCUCGAGGCGGUGCAAGUGUGGCUCGUGCUGCGGUGGGAGGACUACAAGCUUCAGAAAAGCACGAGCGAGGACGGCAGCGUGAAGCACCGAUCAUUCUUGGAGGAGCAGUCGAAGUACACGCCCUUCUCGGCG